AAAUCUUCAUCUAUCAAUCCUAAUGAUUCAUAUCUUCAUGGUUUUAAUCCAUCAAUAACAACAGUAACAUCGAUUGAUACUCGUCGUAUAAUGGGUCCAGGUGAUAUUCGUCAUUGUCGUGUUAUGAUUGUUUGUUUAACACCAAAAUAUUUUCUUAAUGAACAUUGUUUAAAUGAAUUACGAUUAUGUGAAAUAUAUCAAAAACCAAUUCUUGUUGUCCUAUUACGACAUAUGAAAUAUUUUCAUUCAAAUAAUAUUUUAAAUACAAAUAUGAGUCUUGAUGAACAAAUAAAUACGUUUAUACCAUCAAAAUUACCAAUGACAACAUUAAAUUUUUUACGCAAAAAUAUUCGUUCAUCAUGUAUUGAUUUAACAACAAAUGAAUUAUUUUCAAGAAAUAUUCCAAUUUUAUUACGAAGAUUAGAAACAAUGCUUGGAAAAUAUCGAAAUCAAAAGGAUGGAACAAUACAUUCUGUAAAUCCAAAUAAUUUUAGUCAAACAAGUGAAGUUUUUUGA